AUGUGGGCUUCUACAAAACUCCUGUGUCUGUACGCUCUCAGUGUAGCUGAUGAUGUAAAUCCCUAUACGGGCCGCCCGUUGCAGUUCUACAAGAAAAUCGAAUUUCCUUGGAAUAUCAAAGAAGAGCCCGACAGCUGGAGCAGAUCGAUUCCACGUGCCAAUUAUACUUGGGAUCACUAUUUCGACUACCUCAUUAGCUCUGGUGCGACUAACUUACAGUUGGGUGGAUACUCACUCAACGUAAAGAGCGAAAUCGAGUUGGACCCUCCCUUCUACGAUCCUUGGAACAAAACUAGUUUUAAAGCUCUGAGAGAACGAGUGGAUGCGGCCGGCAGAGUGAUAAUGGCCGAGUUGGGUAUAUAUCUCAACAAAACUUUCGACAAGGCUUCCUUCAUGGAGAGUGCCAGAGAGUUCGUGAAGGAAUAUCCUGUUAACGGUUUCAAUUUGGGCAUUCUACCAUACGAUCUCAGUGAAUACCAACUUCUGAAGGAGCUUGUCGCGGCUAUUAAAGAGCUCAACCUACGGGCGUGCUUAUG